AUGGAAGCGACCGCGGAGCCACGGACUUCAGAGUCUCCUGGUCAUACCACUACGCAUCAGUCUCGUGCUUGUGAACAGUGUCAUCGACGAAAGAUUCGUUGCGACAGACGAUUUCCUUGUUCGAACUGCCAAACAGCCAACCUACCAUGUCGAACUUUGACUCGGCGGCCCGUGUUGGCUCAGGUGAGACCAAGCACCAGAAAUAACGAGGAUAUCAGAUUUAACCGGCUCGAGGAGCAGCUUUCCAAUAUUCAGCAGACUUUGUCGAUGCUGCAAAGCAGUCUCAUGGAGCUAAAAGUAUCUGAUCGUCCUUUCAACUCGGCAGAAAUUGGAGAGAAACACGACACCACGGGUAAGCAGCAUACUACAGUAGUCAUGAAAGACGGCUUAAGCCUGCCUUCUUCAGAGAUGAUCGCCUAUGAAGGUGCAUCAUCUCUUAGUGUUCAGUCACACCUUGCAAGCGAGAUAUUUCGGGACCUAGUCAAAGGGAACCCUCUUGCCAGUCCGGCCCCAGAUAUCAGCAUGGAGUACUCGCAGCUCGACGAGGCUUUGAAUCGCAAUGACCCACAGUCACUUCUUUACGACAAAUCCUUUCCAGAGACAAAACCCCAAGAGAAGUCUCAAGGGAAUACCGUAAUGCCCCCCUUAACAGAUCUCGUGCCGCUCUUGAAAUGGGCCAAAGGCCCUACACAGCCCACUUUAUUGUCCUUUCUUCCCCUUGUCUCCAUCUCUGAGCUUGACAGCCUCUGCAAAAAGGCUUACUUCGAAAUGGAAGAAUGCACCACCUCCGACUUGAUUAUUAUCAAUUCGUGUUUACUAUUUUUGCUGCCAGAAUAUUGUAUUUCACAGAGCAAGGAUAACUCUAUAACAGCAAAAUGCCGGCUCAAUAGCGUUCUUUGCCAGAGAAAUCUGGAAUUGGCCUUGAGUCGUUUAAAUCUAUUCAUGAGUUUGUCAUUGGACAAUGCAAAAGCUUUGACAUUGGCUUCAAUGUAUGCCAUAGGUACACAUUCCCUUGGUAUGGCUUGGACAUUGAUUUCCACAGCAGCCAGACUCUGUCAGAGUCUGGGCUAUCAUCGCUUGGCCGCCCAAAAGAACACGGGUAGCAGUGAUGAGAAUGCGAAGACGGGGUUGUUUAGAUUCGUCUACAUUCUAGAUCAGACGCUUUCGUUGAGACUUGGCCGGCCAUCGAGUCUCCGUGAGUGCGAUCUCGCAACAGACUCUCUUCCUACCAGGUCGACUUCUGAUUUGCAGGUAUGGGACUUUAUUUGGUCCCUAUGGAUAGAGGCAGCCCAACUUCAUGCUUGGACAUUCGAACGCCUCUAUAGUUCUAAAGCCAUGGAGCUAUCACAAAACGCGCGUACAGAAGCAAUGAAAAAUCUCGCUUUCCUCACUCUUGCUGCAAAAUCUAGAAACUCCAAGCUGGAAGGCCAGUUCUGCGAAUCUGGGGCUAGUCAGCACCAAUACCUUGGUUUCGUCCAGCAUGCAAACGAUGUAGUUUUUUUGUCUCUUUUGACGCUAAUCUACCGAUCAAUUCCUAGCGAAAGCUCUGAUACCUUGUCUCCGUUCAACCAACAAUGUCUCGAAGCGGCCCAGGCAGCACUCGCAGCACAUCAUUCCUGCUAUCUCAACUACAUGAAUAAGCACAAAUAUAUAUGGACGAUAUAUUUGCAGUGGACAGUCCUUGCAUGCCCAAUCAUUCCAUUUCUUGUUAUAUUUUGUCAUGCCGUCAAAACCCUUUCUCUUGAGACCAUGGAAGAUCUGGAAAAGUUCGUCACCUCCCUUCAGCCGGUCGAUCAAACCUAUAUUGCCGGCUACAAAGCUCACGCACUGUGUCAACGGUUCUAUGAAGCUGGAAAAUCCUACAUUGAGACGCAGCUGCAGCGGAAGAGGGAAGCAAGCAUGGCGGACACGUGUCAGGAUCUUGGUGCGAGCAUUUUCACCGAUAUUAUACCUGAGUUCUUGCAUGCCCCUGAUGGUACCAAUUACGUUCCGAGUAAUUAUGGGCUAAAUAUCCCAGGAAGACAACAGAUACAAUUUAGGCAAGACCUCAUGGCAGAAGAAGAUGCUUGGUUUUUCGGAGAUCCAACCAUUUUGGGACUUGCUGAUGAUAUUUACUACAAUCUCGAUAACAGGACCUCACAUCUUGGAAGUAAGGACGAGGGAGCGCACGAGCGUCAACGAAGAAAUCAUCUCCAAGAAAGUGGCUCAUCGCCCUCAUCAUGCAGCAUCAUGCAAGAUGCGACAAUCGAUGAUGGCUCAGUGCAUUACGAGUUCGGUGGCCCCUGGGGUACGGGCGCAAUGAUAGUAGGCUUCCCACUGCUCAUGUACUACAUGUGGAUUGGUGCGACAUUUUAUGGCGGCUCCUUUCCACUUCCCUCAGCAGGGCAGUCCCUGACCGAAUUUAUUAUCUCCCUCAUUCAACUGGUCUGUAAAGAAGCAUUCCCGUCACUAUACGCUUGUAAGAUAUAUUGGACGUUCAUCAUCUUUCAAGCUGUGUGCUACGUAGUUCUUCCUGGAGUUUGGAGCUAUGGAAAGCCGCUACAUCAUCUUGGUGGCAAGAAGUUAAGAUACUAUUGCAGCGGUCUGUGGUCCCUCUGGGUAUCCAUCAUCGUCACAGGGGCGCUGCAUUACAGUGGUAUUUUCAAGCUCUACGAGCUCUUGGAUGAGUUUGGGCCGCUGAUGUCCGUUGCAAUUAUCUCCGGUAUCGAAAUCGCGACUUGGGCGUAUUUCUCUGCGAUUUUGCGAGGAGUUCAGCAUAGAAUGAGCGGCAAUCUUAUCUACGAUUUCUUCAUGGGUGCAGAACUCAACCCGCGCAUCGGAAUUUUGGAUCUCAAGAUGUUCUUUAUGAUACGACUGCCGUGGAAUAUCCUGCUUGCACUUACUUGUGCCACAGCCGCCAGGCAAUAUGAGCUGUAUGGUUAUGUUAGCGCGGAGGUGUGGUUCCUGAUAAUGGCACAUUUUUUGUAUACCAAUGCGUGCGCAAAGGGAGAGGAGUGCACAACGACAACAUGGGAUAUAUACUACGAGAAAUGGGGCUUUAUGCUAAUCUUCUGGAACAUCGCAGGGGUGCCCCUCAGUUAUUGCCAUGCUAUUCUAUACUGUGCCAACCAUCUUUCCACACUGACUGAAUGGGCUUAUCCGUCUCUCCGGACGCCCUCACUUGUCCUUCUCUUCAUAUCAUACCUCUUUGCCUACUGGGUCUGGGACACGAUUGGCAGCCAGAAGAACAACUUCCGCGCCCAAGAGCACGGCACCUUUACAGGCCGUAAUGCAUUCCCGCAGCUGCCCUGGCGCACAAUCGACAACCCGAAAGUGAUCAAGACGGCAACGGGUGAUAGUAUCCUUAUUGAUGGUUGGUAUCGAUAUGGUCGCAAAAUCCACUACACUUGCGAUAUUUACUUUGCGAUUGCAUGGGCGCUGGUGGCCGGCUUCGAGAGUCCUUUUCCCUGGUUCUAUCCAGUGUUCUUUACCUGUAUGAUUCUUCAUCGUGCUCAUAGGGAUAUCCAACGUUGUAGGGCAAAGUAUGGACGUAGUUGGGAGGAAUAUGAGAAGGCAGUCCCUUAUAUUUUUAUUCCGUACAUCUUUUGA